AAGAACGACUCGUUUGCGAAUCGGACGUGACUGCUCGUAACAUCGAUGGCGCGCGAUGUCUGUUUGAGAAAUAUCAGACCGAGUUCGUCGAGCCCAAAACGUAGACCUGCAGACAGAGACUUUGAAUCCAAACCCGUUCAUUAGAUCUCACACACAACCGAAUGCAAACGACGUCUGUCCUGGAGUCGUAAUGAAAUGAAGAGGACACGGGUUUUAUACGCCACAGAAGAGUGUGCUAUCUACAAGCUGGAUUUGUGAAUGUGAAAUCAGGGAAAGGAAAUGCUCUUGAUUUCAGCACCAAGGCGCUGUCCACUGCUCCAGCAACAAAGCAUCAGUAAAUGAACAUUUACUGAUCAAUAAACCUGCUCUCACAUCAACAAUAAAUGCUUUAUAGACGAUUUCAAUUCGUGCACAGAGUAUGCCAUUUAAAGCACUGCUCUUUGUCUUGUCUCUAUAGACUAAACCCCGUCGACACAUCAGAUAUUCUCCAAGAAAUCUCGAGGCUGGGUUGUUUCAUUGACGUUCAUACAGAGACAUGAGGAAGUGCAGCCCAUGGAUGUUUCUGCCUGUAAUGUUUUCUUUCUUUACAGCUGCUGGUCUCUGGGUUGUGUAUUUCAUUGCUGUGGAGGAUGAGAAAAUCACCCCACUCAGUUCAGAGUACAAGAGGUCAGAAUCAAAAUCUCCUCCAUAUAUCAGUAUUGCAGGCAAUGCUCCACCUGCCAGCUGCGUGUUCAGUCAAGUCAUGAACAUGGCAGCCUUUGUAGGCUUUAUUCUGGGAGUGCUGCGAUAUCUGCAGCUGAAGCCGAGGGUGCAUAAACCCUGGCUCAACAUCGGCAGUCUGGUGGCUUUGUCUCUGUCCUGCUUUGGUAUGACUUUAGUUGGGAAUUUCCAGCUGUCCAAUGACGAGGAGCUGCAUAAUAUUGGCACGUCCAUGACCUUUGGCCUAGGAACACUAUUCUGCUGGGUCCAGUCUUUCAUGACCCUAAAGGUCAACCUGAGGAAUGAAGGCAGGCGAGCUGGAAUCCCUCGCUUCCUGUUGUCCGGGGCGGUGACUUCCUGCAUGUUGCUUUAUUUUGCUCUGAUGGCUCAGCGGCUGCACAUGCAUGCGGCCCGCGCUCAGUGGGCUCUGGUCAUGUUCUUCCUGACGUACCUGGGCACAUUCGCCAUUGAGUUUCGCCACUACCAUUUCGAGAUCGUCUGCAGCGACGACCACGACCCUCCACUCAGCCUCUCCGAAAGCUUCUCCGAGGUCUCCGAGUACCAGUCUGACCAGCUCUAGUCUCACUCUUCAGCAUCUGUGGACUCUCAUACUCCUUCCAGUGCUCCUCACUUCUCAGUCCUGCAUGUCAGCUGAAUGUAAUCUCUAUAGAAAGACCUUCGGAUGAGUAUGUCUUCUGAAUGUUAGAUAGGCUUUCGCAAAAGCAACAAAAUCUUGAAAUGCACAAUGAUUUACUGUGAUGUGCUCCAUGUUUAUGUGUCAGAUGAGUGACGUAACAAGGACACUUUCAGGAUCUGAAUACAGGAACAGUUUUUGGCAAGAUAAUCCUUCAGAAACAUUAGGACUGUGCUUUCUUGAUGCAGAGGACACUACAAACCUCACCAUUUGAAUUAAAGGGAUAGUUCACCCAAAAAUUAAAAUUAGCAUUUAAAUGAUCAUUUACUCACCCUCAAAGCCAUCUUAGGUGUAUAUGACUUUCUUCUUUCAGACUAC